AUAAAUUACUCUAAUUUUUAAGCUGACAGCUAAACGUGGCCCGCUGAGCUUACAAUUUGGUAUGUAAUGCUUUUGUAAGACAGUGAGCAUGCAUGUAGGUAUAUCACCCUCUUAAACCUUGCUCAGAUUUAAGUUUAAAAUUAAAUUUUAGUUGACCCGGUUUUAUUUCAAGAUGUGUUCUUAUUCUCCAAUAUGUAUGAACAUUUUUUAAUGUUUAUGGCUAAAAAUGUAUUGAUUGUUGGUUUACUAAUGCAGGUAGAUCAAUCCAAUUUGUUUCACGGACCAACAUUAACUGAAUUAAAUGCCUGUGGUGGUGAUAAUUUAUUAGAUGACUUAAAUUUUGAUGAUCUAUUAUUAUCACCUGAUUCAGAAAUGUCUGAAAUAUCUGACACAUUUAUUAGUUCAUACUUGAUGGAUCAUGUUGUAAAUACUAGCCCUGUUAACAGACCAAGUUCUUCAAAGUCUGGCUUUCAACAUUCACCAAACAGUUGUAGUUCACGUUCAUCACUUUCUCCAGGUCCAACAAAUUCAAUAACACUACAAGAACUCUCGAAGAAAGAAAAAAAAUCACAAAAGUGUUUAUCAUCUCCUAUAUUUGGAACUAGUGUUCCGGGAUCAGGAUUUAUGCUGGCUAGCAAAUCAAGAGAAAAUCUUUCAUCAUCAGCUCCUAAUCAUCUUGUACUUGACCAAAUGUGGCACCAUAGAGAAUCUCGACAGCAUUUAUUAUCCACUGGAUCAUUAGCUGAAGCAGGAUCUACUUCCUCACUUUCAACUGGAGGUGUUUCGACUCCAGAAGCUUAUGAUUUUUCAUUUGAUGAAGCAAUCAGUGAUUCUGAUAAUGAUACAAAACAAGAAGAAGCCUAUUCAUCUGAUAUCGAUUCAGAGGACAGUGAUUGUGGUAGAACAUCUGCUGAAUCAUCUUCACACAAGGAUAGAUUUUUUUGGCAGUACUAUACUCAUUCUAAGGUUCCUAAAGGUCAAAGAUUAGUAUUAAAAUGUAAGCUAAAGGAUUCACGUUGUUUAAAUGAAGUUAUUGAUCCAGUAUUUAGUCCAAAUUGUCCAAUAAAAGGAGUUAAACAUUGUGGUAAACCAAGAAAGGGAUAUGGUAAUAACUUAAAACCAAAUCCUAAACUAUUAAAUUUAAUCGGCAGUGAAUUGGAUAAAUUGAAUAAAAUAAUAACUGAAAUGACACCAAUCAGCAAGUUGCCAAUUGAUGUUAGACAAAAUGCACAAAAAGAAAAGAACAAAUUACUAUCCAGAGCAUGCCGGUUGAGGAUAAAAGCUCAACAUGAAGCGAACAAAAUAAAACUUUAUGGAUUAAGAACUGAACACAGGCAUUUAAGUAAUGCUAUAACUGAAAUGAAACAGUUAUUUCUAAAAGAAAGUCAAGGAUUGUCAAAUGCCAGUGAGAGAAUUAUUAAAAAUGCUACCAGAUUAAAAGUAGCUGGGAGAACUACACAAUUUGUGAACAAAGUUCUGGAGAAUACCAACAGGUGCACAGCGGGGUGGCUUGGAUGAGCUAUAGCUGCUGAAAGUUAGUUUUUUAAUUAUUAUAUAUUAAAUUUCUAGUAUGCAUAAUGUAUAUAUAUAUUAUUUUUUCUCUCUUUUAUUUUUAUUAAUUUUUAUCAAGCUACUGUCGUUAUUAAAUUAUUGUUACCUAAUUGGAGUAUUAUUCUGUAUCUGUAAAUAAAAUAUUAUUAUUAUUAAAAUGUAACUGUUAUGUGGUUUGUCGAAAUAAUUUUGGUUUGUUCUCAAUAUUUUUGAUUUAUGUUUUGCCUCUUUUGAGCAGGAUAA